AUGGUGCACGCUAUGGCGCAGGAAGAGGUGGAGGAUGUGUCGUGCGGUGCUGAUAUAUGGUCUGUCGGUGGCGGGGGCGCUCGUGGUAUUGGGCUUAGUGUUGGGCAGAAGCAGAGGCUGGCAUUUGCCAGAGCUUCGUUAGGGAAACCUGCAGUUUUGAUACUUGACGAGGCAACUUCCACGCUGGACGCUACCUCGUGCACUCUCGCAUUCGAAGCCAUCAAGCGGUGGCGUAUGACCAAUACCACCAUUGUUAUCACUAUGACUUUCAUCUCAAAUUACCUCAACGAUUUUGUGUACGUCAUCAAGGUGGGAGAAGGGGUUGAGCAGGGAUACCGAUACGACUUGGAGGUUGUCCAUCAUGAAGGAGUGGGCGAUGAUAGAAGCACAGCGGGAGACAGGCGGGUCUCCCUGAGAAGGGUUGGGAGAGUGACCGUGGGAUGGACGAGAUUCAGGACGCAUUGGACGGCAAGAAGGAGUGGGUUGGACGUCUUCCGGACCGUCUGA